AUGAAGACCUCCACAGCUGCCCUUGCUGGACUUUUUGUGGCUGUCCUCUGCUACCAGGUCUCCUCUUCUCCAAUUUCUCUGGACUUUCUUGGUCCCUGCUGCAUCAAAUAUGUCCCCAAAGAGCUUCCCUCAAAACUCGUGGUGAGCUAUGAGUACACAGGCAGCCACUGCUUCCAGCCAGCCGUGAUAUUUACCACAGUCAAAGACAAGAAGGUCUGUGGCAAACUCAGUGAUAAGUGGGUCCAGGACCUUGUGAAUCCACAGAAGGACAGGAAAGGCAGUGGAUGA